AUGUCCAAGUCUGAGGAGAUCAGGAGAUACAUCGUACGACGUAUAGCGGAGGAUGAGAAAUUGAAAAACAUUGGAGAGAAAAUUGUCUCGAAAAUCACCAAAAACUUGCAACUACCUCACCUCGAUGCAAAGUCCGAGGAUGUCAUCUACCAGGCAAUUACUCGCGACCAAAAACAAAAGAAAGAAGAGUCGAAAUCAACAAAACCAACCGCCGACCCUGGAUCUGGUACUUUGGAAUCCGAGUCAAGCUCUUCGGAGAGCAGUUCCGAGGAAAGCUCAACCAGCGAGGACUCAGACAGCAGCGACAGCGACUCCUCUUCUGAAGAUGAGGAAGAUGAUAAAGAUGACAAAAAAGUCGUCGCCACGACCAGUUCCAAGAAGGAACCGACCUCAAAAAAGAACAGCGAGAAGACAUCAUCAAAGUCAUCCGGCUCUUUGAGUGAGUCCAGCUCGUCCGACUCGGACUCAUCAGGUGGUGAUAGCGAAAGCUCGUCAUCUUCAAGUGAGAGCUCAUCCGAUUCAGACUCAGACUCAGACUCGGACUCGGACUCAGAUUCCUCAAACUCGUCUGACUCAGACUCAGAUUCCUCAAGCUCGUCUGACUCAGACUCAGAUUCCUCAAGCUCGUCUGACUCAGAUUCCUCAAGCUCCAGCUCAUCAGCCUCAGCCUCAGACCCAGAGCCGUCCAAACCAACCAAGAAAAGAAAAUUGCUGAGCCUGAAAAGCGGAGACGCAAAAAGAGCCGCACUCGCACCAAUCUCCACGCCAUCCCAGGCUGAACCAACCACCACAUCGGAAAGUGCAAUUGCCGCGACACGAGAACCCGAGUUGAAACCAGGCCAAAGAAAGCACUUCUCAAGGAUCGACAGGUCAAAGAUCUCGUUCGAGAAUGCGACAUUGCAGGAUAACACAUACAAAGGAGCUGCUGGUACAUGGGGAGAAAAAGCUAGUGAGAAGUUGCUACAAGUGAGAGGCAAAGAUUUCACCAAGAACAAGAACAAGAUGAAGAGAGGAAGCUACAAAGGUGGAAGCAUCACAUUUGCUACUGGCUCUUACAAGUUCACCGACUAG